GGGCAUUUUUGUGGCCGAAGCCCAAGGCUGAACCACUAACGACGACUUCUUUCCUCGUGGCACCUCCUCAACAGCCACAACACUUCCGUAUUCCGACACCACAGCGCCGCCAUGGCCAUAGCCGGCACCAUUUCUUUUCCACUGACCUCUCCAUCUCCACGCUCUCUCGCCUCAUUUCCUUCGCUUCGAUCGUCUUUUUCUUCCACACUUCAACUGGAUUCCCUUUCGAAGCAUUCCGCGCAGAGAAGAAGCCCUAGGCUCACUAUCUCCGCGUCUUCCGCUGGUCUUGAAGUUACAGAGAAAGCGCCGUCGUCGUCUUUUCUUGACCGGAGAGAGAGUGGCCUCCUUCACUUUGUUAAGUACCAUGGUCUCGGCAAUGACUUCAUCUUGGUUGAUAAUAGGGACUCAUCAGAGCCUAGGAUCACCCCGGAGCAAGCUGCGAAGUUAUGUGAUCGAAACUUUGGGAUCGGUGCUGACGGAGUUAUCUUUGCUAUGCCAGGCGUUAAUGGUACUGAUUAUACCAUGAGGAUAUUCAAUUCCGACGGUAGUGAACCGGAGAUGUGUGGUAAUGGAGUACGAUGCUUUGCCAGAUUUAUUGCUGAGCUCGAGAAUUUGCAGGGAACGCAUAGUUUCACUGUUCAUACUGGGGCUGGUCUUAUUAUUCCAGAACUUCAGGAUAAUGGGCAGGUAAAAGUAGACAUGGGUGAACCGAUUCUCAAAGCAUCAGAUGUGCCUACCCGAUUGGCACCAACUACAGACCAAUCUGUUGUGAAGGCAGACAUCGAAGUAGAUGGAGUUGCGUGGAGUGUGACCUGUGUCAGUAUGGGAAAUCCGCAUUGUGUAACUUUUGGCAACAAAAUUGACCAGAAUCUGCAGGUUGAUGACAUAAAUUUAGCUGCAAUUGGUCCAAAAUUUGAACAUCAUGUGAUGUUUCCAGCACGAACAAAUACAGAAUUUGUGCAAGUCUUCUCCAAUUCACACCUUAAAAUGCGCGUGUGGGAGCGUGGUGCAGGUGCAACACUUGCUUGUGGAACCGGAGCCUGUGCGGUCGUUGUUGCAGCAGUUCUUGAAGGUCAUGCUGGACGGAAUUGCACCGUCGAUCUUCCAGGAGGACCAUUACAGAUAGAGUGGAGCGAGCAAGACAACCAUGUAUACAUGACAGGACCAGCCGAAGUAGUGUUCUAUGGAUCGGUUCCCCUACAAUAAAAGCAACCUAAAGAAUCAGGACAAAAGUAACUGUCGAAUUUUGGCCUCUCAACUGGUAGGUGGUAAUUUAUGAAAAUGUAUCUUCUGUUUGUACUUUUAUUAUUCUGUAAUGCACUGUUCUGUGUGAAUUAUAAUAAUUGUCUUAUGUUUUUUAAGAAUAAAAUUAACGUAAUGGUAGACAUAUUAGCUUUGAUUUCUUUUGUUGAAUCUGGUUAGUGUUGAGUUUCCAACUAACGUUAAGAAAGAGAAUUCAUAGUAUCUGUUGUAAA